CCGCGCCAAAUCGGCCUCCGCCGCGCCAAAUCUCCCUGCCUCCCCUACAAAUCAAGCCCCCCGUCAAAUCACUGCCAAUCCACCAAAAUUAUCCCCAAAUAGGCACAAGAACCCUAGACGCCAAGAGCGCCGGCGGCGCCCACAGCGAGAUGGCCGGAAAGUCCAAGAGGACAACUGCACCGGUGCCUCCGGAAUCCCCAUGGCCGACGGCUCAACCCGUCCGGCCACCAGCAGCUCAGCCCGUCCCUCCGGCAAUGGCUCAAUCCAUCCCGCUGCCGGCCAUCCCUUCCAUGUUUGCAAGUGGCUCAUGGUUACCACCACGACCACCACAGUCCAUGGCAGCCUCCUCCCCACCGUGCUGGCUCGCUGGGGUAGCUCAACCGAGCGAUUUUUUGGCUCAAGGUUCUUGGUGGACACCGCCUGCUGGAACUGGUGGCUCAGCACAACCUACACCCCCGGCUGGGAAUCUUGAGGCGUAUAAUCUGCAAGCUUGGGGAUUUGAUUCUCAUUCACCUGGUGAUUUCCCCAGUUUCUUUGAGAACACAUCAAGCCACACACAGGCUGUGGAAAAUGGAACUUCAUCGCAGCCAAUCAAUGUUGGCGAUAACGCCAAUGGUGAUGAUUGUACAAGGACUGAAAAACUAAUAUAG